AUGAGUACUCCAUUUGGGUUGGAUUUAGGUAACAACAACUCUGUUUUGGCCGUUGCCAGAAACAGAGGCAUUGAUGUUGUCGUCAAUGAAGUUUCGAACAGAUCCACACCAAGCAUGGUGGGAUUUGGCCAGAAGAAUAGGUUUUUGGGUGAAGCUGGUAAGAACAAGCAGACGUCAAACAUCAAGAACACUGUGGACAAUUUGAAGAGAAUCGUCGGCUUGAACUACGACGAUGCCGACUUUGCCACGGAAGCCAAGUACUUCAGUUCUAAGCUUGUCAAGUUGGACAAUGGUAAAAUUGGUGCCCAAGUGAGAUUUGCAGGCGAACAACAGACGUUCUCUGCCACUCAGUUGGCUGCUAUGUUCAUCGACAAAGUCAAGAACACUGUGAUCUCUGAAACCAAGGCUAACAUUACCGAUGUGGCUAUCGCUGUACCAGCUUGGUACACCGAGGAACAGCGUUACCUAAUCGCUGAUGCCGCUAAGAUCGCCGGUUUGAACCCAGUCAGAAUCGUGAACGACGUCACUGCGGCGGCUGUUUCUUACGGUGUUUUCAAGGGCGAUUUGCCAGAAGGUGACCAAAAACCAAGAAUCGUCGCUUUUGUUGAUAUCGGCCACUCUACAUACACCUGUUCGAUUGGUGCCUUCAAGAAGGGUGAACUUAAGGUCUUGGGAACCGCUUACGACAAACAUUUCGGUGGUAGAGAUUUCGACCGUGCCAUCACUGAACAUUUUGCCGACUUGUUCAAGACCAAGUACAAGAUCGAUAUCAGAGAGAAUGCCAAGGCUUACAACAGAGUUAUCACUGCUGCUGAAAAACUGAAGAAAGUGUUGUCGGCUAACACUGCUGCUCCCUUCAAUGUUGAAUCUGUCAUGAACGACGUCGACGUUUCCUCUGAAUUGAGCCGUGAGGAUUUGGAAGAACUUGUCAGACCUCUAUUGGACCGUGUCACCGUGCCAAUUGAACAAGCUUUGGCGAACGCCAAGCUUACUGUCGAGGACGUGGAUUUUGUUGAAAUCAUUGGUGGUACCACUCGUAUUCCAAGCUUGAAGGACUCCAUCUCUAAGGCUUUUGGUAAGCCACUAUCCGCUACCUUGAACCAGGAUGAGGCUAUCGCCAAAGGUGCUGCUUUCAUUUGCGCCAUUCACUCUCCAACCAUGAGAGUUCGUCCUUUCAAGUUCGAGGACGUUCACCCAUACUCUGUCUCUUACUUCUGGGACAAGCAAGAAGAAGACGAAGAUCAUCUAGAAGUUUUCCCAGCUGGAAGCUCUUUCCCAUCUACCAAGUUGAUCACCCUUCACCGCACUGGUGACUUCUCCAUGGAAGCCAAAUACACAAACGCCAAGGAAUUGCCCGCUGGUACCCCUGUGGAGCUCGCCAAAUGGGACAUUACGGGUGUUCAACUUCCAAAGGGUCAAACUUCCAUCCCUGUCAAGCUAAAAUUGAGAUGCGAUCCAUCUGGAUUACACACCAUCGAGAGUGCCUACACUGUGGAGGACAUUACCGUUCAAGAAGAAAUUCCAAAGGAGGCCGAUGCUCCAGAAGACGCUGAGCCUGAAUACAGAGAAGUCACCAAGACUGUCAAGAAGGACACUUUGAAUAUUGUGGCUCAUACCUUUGCGUUAUCCGAAAAGAAGUUGAACGAGUGUAUUGAAAAGGAGAACGAGCUUGCCGCUCAGGACAAGUUGGUCGCCGAAACUGAGGACCGUAAGAACGCUUUGGAGGAGUACAUUUACACUUUGCGUGGUAAAUUGGAUGAGGAAUACGCCAGCUUUGCUUCCGACGAAGAAAAGUCCAAAUUGAAAGAUAUGCUUGCUAAGGCCGAAGACUGGCUUUACGAAGAUGGUUUCGACUCCAUCAAGGCCAAAUACAUUGCUAAGUACGAGGAGCUCGCUUCUUUGGGUAACAUCAUCAGAGGCAGAUACUUGGCUAAAGAAGAAGAGAAGAGGCAAGCUUUGAGAGCUAAACAAGAAGCUUCUCAAAUGGCUGAGAUGGCUGAAAAGCUUGCUGCUCAAAGAAAGGCUGAAGCUGAGAAGAAGGAAGAGAAGCCAGAUGCUGAAGGUGACAUCGACCUCGAUUAA